AUGAGACAGCUUCUGUUGAGUGACAAUUAUCUUCCCGGUGCUAUGGUCCUUGCCCAUUCCCUACGUGACAAUGGUACAAAAGCGAAAUUGGUGGCACUCUUUACGCCAGACCGACUACAAUCGACCACCAUUGAUGAGCUAAGGACCGUCUACGACGAGCUGGUCCCGGUGAACUCAAUGGUAAACGACACGCCGGCGAAUCUCUGGCUCAUGGACCGUCCCGACCUAAUUGCCACAUUCACCAAGAUCGAGCUCUGGCGCCUGACGCAAUACCAGCGGGUCGUAUACCUUGAUUGUGAUAUCAUAGCUCUCCGAGCCCCUGACGAGCUGUUAUCACUGGAAGCAGACUUUGCUGCCGCGCCUGACGUUGGUUGGCCGGAUUGCUUUAAUAGUGGAAUGAUGGUUCUCCGACCUAAUCUACAGGACUACUAUGCGCUGAGGGCACUCGCCCAACGAGGUAUCAGCUUCGAUGGCGCUGACCAGGGUCUGCUGAACAUGCAUUUCAAGGACUGGCAUAGGCUAAGCUUCACGUAUAACUGCACGCCAAGUGCCAAUUACCAGUACAUUCCUGCGUACAAGCAUUUCCAGAGUACCAUCAGUCUUAUCCAUUUCAUUGGUGCCCGGAAGCCGUGGAAUAUGCCGAGACAGAUUGUCCCGCUGGAGUCUCCGUACAAUCAGCUUCUAGGCCAGUGGUGGGCUAUCUAUGACAGACACUAUCGUCUGCCAUUUGUACCGACCACGUCAGCUGAGAUUGAAAAAACGGCGUUGGCUCAAGGUCCUGUUGGAGAUCCCACGAGCUUCCACGGCAAAUCAGUCGAGCACGAACACUCUGCUGCCGUUCCUGUUUUGAGUAUGGUACCGCAGUAUGUUCGCGGAGAGGAGCAUGUCUCAACAUUUAUCCCACCAUUUCCUCCCGCGCCAAUCACUUUUGCGCCUCGACUGAGCCACGAAACAUACGAGCCAGAGAUUCAAACACCGACACAGGCACAGCUCCACUAUCCCAGUGGCCAUAUUCACCAACCACAGCCGCUGGUGCCGAUUCGUCCAAUUAGCGAGUAUCAAUCGCCCCCAUCUCCGGCCCCAGAUGCCUCGACCUUUGAGGCGCCAACGUGGGAUCCUUCACGAGAGCCGCCACCGGUCAACACGAGACCCGAAGGUAUUAGCUUACAACAGAAAACCUACAAUAUGUCUGAAGACACGCAUCUAUUCCAACCCCCGUCAUCCUACCCCGAGGCGCCGAAAAACAUGUGGUAUGAGGUUCCAGCCAAACCAGAGCCUAAACCUACUACGGUCUUCCCCUGGGAGCACCAUGCUCCGAAACCCACCCGCGUCUUCGCCGAGGCACCUGUAGAGUUAGUGCAAACUCCCACGGUACCAUCAGAAAAAAAGCAGCAUUCACCUCCAAGCGAGUCUACUCCUCCCGGACCCUCAUCUUCUUACACCCGGGUACCAUAUGAACCCAGUGCCGAAUCAUGGCAAACAUACACUCGCUCCAACGCCUGGGAUGAGGACCCAGAGAUUCAGCGCUAUAUUGAGACGAUCCAAGGACGGCGCACAAAAUCACAAGUGACCAGCCCGGGAGCUCAAUCCAACAGCCCCGGAAAAUCACCUCCCACGCCAGGCUUCCACCCCAAUACCAAAAUUACCGACUUUCCAACAGAAGUCGAGCGCCCCAGUCUGCCUGUAACGCCGGCCCCGAUCCACCGCACCAGCUACGGGAAUGAAGCCUCCGGUACAGCCGCUCUCCCUACCGCCGAGGGCGUGUGUAGCCAGGAGGAAUGGAAUCCCCUGGCUCAGCUCGAGGAGCUGCAUCGUCAGCACUCGGAGGUUUUGGAGCAUCCCGAGCGGCUGUCUAGUCGGCUUGCCGCUGCAGCAUAUCGUGAGCGUUGA